AUGGAAAAAAGAGGGAUCCCGAGGGCCUCAGAAAACGUUUAUUAUAGACAAUAUAAGAAAGCCAAGACUGCAUAUAGGAAGGCACAACGUAGAGCUGUUUGGGAAUACGAAAGAGAAGAAUUCAAUGACAUAGCCAAUUUUACAGAGUUAGAUCACGAGACGUUUUGGAAACUGAUCAACACCAAAGUACGUAGGAAAAAGAAAAAAGAAAAGGUGGUGGCUUUAGAGGUGGAUAAUGCCGUGCUUACGAACCUGCAAGUAGUCGCAGAUCUCUGGGCAAACUAUUACGAGAAGUUAGCUAUCCCUCCGGAACAUGUGAACCAAGAAGACAUGAAAAGUAAAGUUGAUGAAAUUUUUGAAAAACUCAGAGAGUAUGUAUGACUAUACACUUAAUUCUUGUAUAACAGCUGAGGAAAUCAUUUCAGUAAUUAAUACUCUUCCGGAGGGAAAAUCACCCGUUAUAGAUAGAAUUACAUAUGAACAUAUUAAAUAUGGUGAUGCAAUUAUUGUAGAACUGCUACUGAAAUUGUUUAAUUAUAUUAUCGAGCUUGAAGAAAUUCCAAAGUCUUUCAAAAUGGCGAUUAUUAAAGAUCCCUAUUCCUAAAGGCAAUAAAAGUUCACGUACUUUUGAUAAUCACAGAGGAAUCAGUUUGUUGCCUUGCAUAAAUCAAAUGCUUAAGAGAAUUGUAUUAUCACGACUGCAGAAGGAAGAAAAGUACUCUCACCAAAGAGAACAGGACGCUCUAACAACGAGUUUCGUCAUCGAUGAAGUAGUAAAUCAUUGUCGCGAAGAAAAAGAAAAAGUUUAUGUAGCGUAUAUGGAUAUUACAAAAGCGUUUGAUACCAUGUGGAUUGAUGCAAUGUUAUUCAAGCUGCACUACAACAAAGGAAUUGCGGGAAAAACAUGGAGGCUUAUUAAAAUUGGUAUAUAG